AGUGGGAGCUGAUCACAGAACAGUGUGGAUCUCUCUUUCUCUGUGUAUGUGAGGCGCAACGGACAGCACGGCUGUUCUUCCCCUUUCCUGCGCCAGUGUUACGCACAGAUUCCCACUAAUGCGCGCUGACUGGAAAGGUUAUUCACGUGGAAAAGCUUUUCCAUCGACGGACACAUCACAACUGGACACAGCGUGACUCUGAAGCCUUUAAUGACUCCGAUUUGCACACCUGUGAAGGUUUAUACUUCCUGUUCCAUAUUCACACCAUGCCUGAGGGGGCGGGUCACGACAGCCAGAAGAAGCUGAGUAACCAAGCUGCUAAGCGGCCUUCCUCUGUGUCUUCUCUGAGUGGUAUCGUGAGCCGGAUGGCCUCGUCUGGUGGCACCUCUCGUGGGAGCUGCACCUCCGUCAACACUGUCUGUUCUGACAGUGACCGGGGAGCGAGUCUUAGCUCGUCUACCUCCUCCGCCUCACUGCAAGAUGGCCACUCAUCCUCGUCCUCAUCUUCACUGCCCUGUGGAGCUGUUCCAGCCUACCCAUCACUGCCCCAGCGCAAUGGCUCUGACAUCAGCCUGGACCUCAUGCCGCUGUCAGGCUCAGCCUCCUCCUCAUCCACAACCAUGCCGAAACUUUCACGCUUGCAGCGGGUGUUGCUGGAGAUCGUUGAGACGGAGCAGGCCUAUGUGAGGGAUCUAAAAAGCAUAGUAGAGGACUAUCUGGGGUGUAUCAUUGACUGUGGAGACCUGCCUCUUAAACCAGAGGAGGUCAGCACACUAUUCUGCAACAUAGAGGACAUCUAUGAGUUCAACAGUGAGCUUUUGGAAGAUCUGGAGCGGAGCCCUCAUGCCGCAGCUAUAGCUGAAUGCUUUGUGGAGAGGAGUGAAGCAUUUGACAUUUACACCAUUUACUGCAUGAACUAUCCCAACUCAGUGGCCGUCCUCAGAGAAUGCAUGAAGAAUGAAAGCCUGGUGCGCUUCUUCCAGGAAAGACAGGCCACUCUUUGCCACUCACUGCCCCUAGAAACAUACCUGCUAAAACCUGUGCAGAGGAUCCUGAAGUACCACCUCUUGCUGCAGGAGCUGUCCAAGCACUUUGACAAGAGUGAUUCAGGAUAUGAGGUGGUGGAUGACGCCAUCAUCACAAUGACAGCUGUGGCCUGGUACAUCAAUGACAUGAAGCGGAAACAGGAACAUGCAGUACGGCUCCAGGAGAUUGAGAGUCUGCUACUAAACUGGACUGGUCCUGAUCUCAACGGCUUUGGAGAGCUGGUUCUUGAAGGUUCCUUCCGGGUACAGAGGGUUAAAAAGGAAAGGGCUUUCUUCCUCUUUGAUAAAAUGCUGCUUAUUGCAAAAAAGAGGAUGGAGCAUUUCAUCUACAGCACACAUAUUUUUUGUUGUAACCUGCUCCUGGUGGAGAACAUGAAGGAUCCUCUCUGUUUCAAGGUGUCAGAUCAGACAAUCCCGAAACAACAGCACAUUGUUCAGGCUAAAAACCAGGAGGAAAAGCGAUUGUGGCUGCACUACCUCAAGAGGCUAAUAGUAGAAAACCAUCCUGCUUCUCUCCCUCAGAAGGCAAGACAGGUCCUUGGUGAUAACUUCUGUCCAUCACCUCAGUUUGAACAGGAACCAAACCGAAAGCCUGUUCCUUCCCCAAGAUUAGAUGAUGCUCAUGGCUUUCACAGAGGAAGAAGACAAUCAGAACCCCCUGAAUUUAUCUACACCCCUGAGAAGGCCAGGAAAAGCCUUCCCUUGCUCCUGGAAGGGAACCUGCCUUAUCGCAGAGGGCGCAGACAGUCAGCUCCUGCCAAAGACAUAGAAGCAGCCUUCCAACAAAGUGCCUCUUUAAAGGCUGGCAGUGAAGGUGAGCUCUACACACAUGUAGAGAGCUUGGCCUCCUCAGGCAGUGCCAGUACUCUUGCAUCAUCAGUCAUUGAGGUUGAUUCAGGCCAGGAUAAAAUGGGUCUUGGUCAGGAUGAAGAUGAAGACAUGUCACCUCUCCCUUCACCUCCAACGCUUUCCAUCACUGAAGAAAUCAUGCAGUUUAUCAAUGAGAGUCGUGCACGAGAAGGCAUGCCAGAGUUGUCUUCUAAUGUGAGUGAGCCCAGGACAGAGCAGUUGGACACCCAGUGUACCAGUGCCCAGUCACAGGACCUAAAGGAGUAUCAGAAAACACAUGUAAUAAAAGAGGAAGAUCAUCUCCAUAUUGUUUCCAAUAACCCUCAGGAUAAUCAACCUCUAAAAGAUAUUCAAAUAAAUAAAGAAAAUGACAUGGAGCAUUUUUCACAUAAUUUACUUCCUGACUCAUCCUCUCCAAAAGAUUUUACGGACGAUAUUUCCUCUGAAGUGGCCAAACAUAGCUCUGAAAUUGGAAGUGAAUCAUUGGAAUCAGAGGCAGUCAUAGCAGUUCUAAUGCCUGAGAAACUCAUUGGGCAAGAAGGUGAAAACGCUGCUGCCAAAAAUAAAAUAUCUGCCUUAACAAAUCAAAUGGAGGAAACUAACAUUAGAACCCCAGGUGAGCUGGGUGAUCAGUCCUCUUCCAUACACAAACCGACUGAUAAUCCUCUCUUGCCUAUAGGGGAAGUUGAACAAAAGCUGACUAAAAGUCACAGGCAGAUCAUUGAAAAAAUUCGCAGCUACUAUGAGGCAGCAGAGGCAGUGGCUGAGGAUGGACAAAUUUCACGUAGGAAUAGCUUUUCUAACAUCCCUGCUGGACUGGUAAAAGACUCUGUGUCACGCUUUAAUUUCUUUGUUCACCAAGACAGUGUAUGUGAUUCUGAGAGUGGACGCUCUGAUUCCAACGAGAAUGAAAUUACAUCUGCAUCACCUGCUGUACCUGAACAAAAUGCAAGGAAUUUCAGUCAGCCUAACUACACCGGUGUCGAUGCUGAAGUCAGCCAUAACAGCCCAGGGCAAAGUAAGACUGAGCCAAAAUCUGAUGAUGAUGAGAAGGUCUGUGACUUUAAACCCUGUAUGGAGCUUUGGAAAGAGAAGGAGAGAAAAGCCUCAGGAGUUCAUGAGAAACCAAAAGUGUCUGCUUGUAAUGAGGGUGGAUUUACUGAUGACAAAGAAGUUUGUGCAAAAUAUCAAUUGUCUGAUAGGAGGAUUCCUGUAUUCAAUGAACAGCUUGAACCUGAAAAGGACAAGAACAAAAGCUUAGAGCUUAAGAGCCAUGAGAAAACACACAAAACUAUCAAAGAAGCUCAGUCCACUGCUGUGCCCAGAGAAAAGACUUACCCUAAUGGCAGUUUGGAAGGUCUACCCAGUCAAAUUAAAGUGGAGCAGUGGUCUCGCCAUGGUAAGGCGAUCACCUGCAGUACGACACUUUACGAAGGCAUUGCAGAGGUGUCAAGUCUAGGAUUCUUUGAAACUGCUCCAAUGGAUCAGUGUUUAGCAGAGAACUCAGAAAAAAUUCUGAGUAAGGUACAGAUGCUAGCACAAAUGUAUAUGGCCAAGUCAAGUUGUAUGAAGGUACCAUUACAUCAGAAAAGAACACGGUUAACAAAGGGACCAUGUAAAGUGAAUAUCCCUUUAAAGUCGCAGAUACUGCUACAUCAGGCAGAAGUGAAGACACAGAAUCACCUCUCAGAUAUUCACAUGGAGUCUGUUACACACUCUGCACCUGAGUCAUUUGGGCAUGUGGUUGUUAAAGAGCAAUUCUCUACAACCCACCACCAAGAAAAUUAUUGUGAUAUUACUGGACAAAAGGAGCAAGUUGAAAGUCUUGAAGCUAGUGCAGCAGAAGUCAUUUCAUUCGAAUCCUCCACGAUUUCAACUGAGUUAUCAUCUGAAGUAAUGGAACAACAAUUGGCCACAAAUUUGGUAGUAGAUAAAACUCUGACCUUUAAGAGGGAUGAAUCUCAAAGUCAGCUAUUGGCUGUGGACAAACCAGUAAUGGAUUGCUAUUCUAACUUGAUAAAUGAAUCAGAAGAAUUUGUAGGCCUCAAAGAAGAAGCACACAGUGUUGAAGAGACGAAUGAUGGUUUAAUUAAUAAGACUUCUGAAACUUUACUGUCUACAGAGGAAACACCAUGUGAUACCCAGCUGACAGAUACAGUAAAUAAUGAUUCCAAUAAUGUUUCUAUAUCUUACCCUGAGAACUCCAUUCUGAAAGAAGAUGUAUCCCCUGUAAACAUUGUGGAUACAUCACUUCCAAUAGAAUUGGCUGUGUGCUUAGAAAAUGGCGUCUCAGAAACAACAUACAACAGAAAUUUCCAAAUGUCACCAGAUGUGCUCAACUUUAAUGAAUCACAUCAGUCAUGUUUUUCACAACUACAAUGUCAAUGUUCACCUGAAACAAGCUAUGCAAAUGUACCACCUCUACUCAGUUCCAGAGGAAUUGUAAGUCCAGAGUUAGAAGGCCAAGAGCCAGUAUGCAAAGAUUUAUCAGUCUUGAGCCACCCCCAAGCAUCGCCGCUCUGUAAACCUGACAUAGAUGAUCUGCCUAAUGUGAUGGGAAGCAGCUUGCCUCCCUGGAACACACCAAACCUAUCCUUUCAAAGACUUUCACAGAUACAACCCUGGUCCAGAGAACAAGAUCCAGGCAUUCCUUCAUCAGCUUCUUUGGUCUCUUCCAGUAAACCAUUAUGUGAUAAUUCUCCAAGCAUUCCUUCAAGUUUCUCUGACUUAAAGUCACCAUCUGCCUUCAGUCUUAACCUUCGGAUGCGCUCACCCUCCCCAAAUAUAAUCCAGUCAAACUCCUCUACAAAUUCUUCCCUUGCCAAAUCACUUGCUGCUUCUUGUAUUAGUCAGACCAUUUCACAAAGCAUGGCCAAGUGGAAUGCUCGCAUGCAAGCUACCUCUCCCCCUGGAAUUUCCAAUUCAACGCAUACAUCGCGUCUAAGACUGAGGUCUCCUUCCCCUAAAUCUGUCAUCCAGAACUCAUAUGUACAGUCGGAUUCUAGCAUUUUACCAACUAAAUUGACAGGAAGCCAAAUUCCAAAUUGUCCUCCUUCUCCUCGCUGUUCUAAUAGUCUGCGAUCUAGCCCAGCAACUGUACAGUCCCCUCCUCCUUAUCACAGCCAGAAUUUAGUGUCCCCUGCUUCCCCUGUACAUAUCCACUCAGUACCCUCUGUUACUCAUACUGAGGUGGAUCAACUCGAACAGUCUUCACAUACUACACUGAAUAGCAAUAACAACAACAAUAACAGUAUUUGUAAUAAUGCCUGGACAAGUAGUAAUAAAAAGCCAUCAGCAUCAUCCUUAUUAUCAUCAUCAUCACCAUCAUCACAAAUGUACAGAGCUCCUCAGUCUCAUGAUCCACAUAAAGGGAUCUCCCACAACAGAAUUGCUCGGCCAUUCCUCUCCUCUGAGCCUAACUCACGUGUGCAGUCCCCCACAACCUCUCACUCACCAUCUCUGAUCACACGUAUCUGUUCCCCACCACUUGUCCAGAGUAGUGCUGGUCCAUUAAUAACCAAGCCUCCAAAUCCACGGACUUCCAGACAGGGUGGGGCCAGUCCUUUCACACCAUUGUCUUUAGAGCUUUCUCAAACACCUUCAACCUGCUUUUUGUCCCCAUGUGCAAGUCCAAGGGUAACUUCCCCACCUCCUAUUGGCAUUCCUACAAACAUAUGGUGUAUUGUAAGCCCUCAGCCCAGGAAUCCACUACUGACACCUUCCUCUCCAACAAGUGCAGAGGCAAGUUCUCUUUCAAGAGGCUCCAGAAUCACUUCACCAGUGUUGGGAUCAUCACCAUGUUCACUGUUCUUUUCUCAGAACCAGAGAAAUCCAGGAGGAAGCAGCUUGGCAUUUGAGAACUUGACAGGAAGCCCAUCAAGUUCAUUCAGAAAUGAGCAUAGAUCCUUUGCUCAGAAUGCACUGUGGACAGUAGAUACUGAUUCACACCCAACUAGUCCUCAAACACACUCCUGUAAUGGUUCCCCUAUGUGUGGUAGUCCAGGAGCUCACGCUCCUAUUGGGGGGACUGCUGAGAAAAUCAAUGAAGCUGGAAAGCAGCUAACAAACUUUAACUGGCCAGAACUGCCUGAAAUGUCAUCCGUCUGUAACACAAAGGACAACUCUCAGCGUAAACUUUUACCCUCAACAUCUUGUCCUGAAACUGGACAAGAGGACUCAGAACUGGGGAAGGCUACUUGCCGGAGUAGCCUCAUCUGUGCCUAUGUGGCUCAAGCCACCCCGAUACCUGAAAAGAACAGUCAUAUUCAGUGCACAGAUGAUGGAAAACAAGUGGAUAAUGUGUUAAUGCAAGGGAUCAAGUCACCAUUAAAAACCAGUUAUGCCACGACUGUCAACCUACAGAUUGCUGGGAGUGGGAGAAUUGCAUCCUUUAGUAAUGCCCAGGUUAGCCUGACUCAAACUUUGGCACCAGUGACAGAGAGCCAGGGCAUGAGAAAAGUCAGCAUAAAUGGCUGCACACUGUCACUGCAGAACUGCAAAAGACUCUAAGUGGAACUCAUCUGAGGCAUAUUAAAUUGUCUCCUGCUUUUACCAAGCACUUUACCAUGUGUACCAAUGAGGCAAGUAGAGAUUUAUGUCUAUUUUACUGAGAUGACGAAUUACGGGUGUCAAGAACUUUGUUUUUACUGCUUAUUGCUAACUCUUUAGCGGCAAAGGGUGCUUCACAUACAACUCAACUUUAGUGUACUGCUCAACCAGAAUGUUUGUUUUUUUAAGCAGUAUAAUUUUAGUAUUUUUAUACAAUUGUAAAAUAUUCUAAUUUCUUAGUAAAUUAACCAAAGCCUUUGUGACAAUUUUUUUUUCUUUAGCUGAAAGAGGCAAUUCUCUUAUUUAUGAAAUAGGGUUUUUUUUAUGGCACUUAUCUUUUUACUGUAUUUUGCACAAUUUCUUAUGUGGUCCAGACAUAUAUAAAUGAUUGUUUUUCACAGUAAGAAAAGAAAUUUGUAUGUAUGUAAGUAAGGGAAGGUAGAAGAAUGUUGCUUGAUUUUCAGUAAGGUUAAUCAAACAUGACAAUGCUUAAAUCGAAAAAAAAGGUCAUCAUUCCAAAAUCAUAUUGAGUUCAUUUAUAGACCUAAUCCGCCACAUCCAUUAAAAGCACCUUAUUAAUAUCUGUGGUAACAGAAAACUUGGCUCUAUGAUUUACCUAUGCUUGAUAAAAUGUUGCUAGUCUGCUUCUGUAUAAGAAAACUAAAAAUGAAACUCAUUAGUAAGAAUCAGAAUGAAAUUUAUUUAAAAAGAAAUACCAUAAUACAGACCAUCCUGCCUGCCCUUCCUGCAAUUAAAUCAUUAUGCAACAUUUGAUGAUGUGUACUUAUAACUAUGUAUAGUUUAUACUAUAUAUUGUAUAAUUUGAUACUAUAAUAUGUAUUGUGAUAAGUAUAUAGUUAUCAAAAGUAUGAUAACUAUCAAAGUAUGACUAUGUGUGUUUAAAGAAUUUGCAGCAUUUCAUAAUUUCAUAUUCAAGCUAUUUGAAUACACCCUAUAAUAGGAAUUUGUUCCCUCAUUAUAAAUAAAAAUAUGUGUUUCUUU